AACUAUUACACCAAAAAAAGUUCCACUUCCGUCCAAAACUCAUUGGAAUUCUUGGUAUCGAAUGGCUUUUUAUGUUGAUGAGCACUUGGAUCAUAUUCGUAUAUUUUAUUUGCAAGAAGAAAUUAAAAAUUCGUCUACAACCAUUAGUGAAAUUGCAACUACAUUUGAAAAUAAUCAAUUAAAUA